GUUUCAGUGGUCCGGAUAUUUCCUGUAACGGUCCCGUCUUUACGGAAAACUUUCUCAAAAUGAACCAUCAAUACAUCGUUUUCGUUUCCGUGUGGACGGGUGGUCCCCGCUCCUACCAGAGGAUGUGAAGCAGCUCUACGGAGACCAUGACAUGAGAUGACCCAAGACCACAACGAGAGCCAGAAUAAAUGCAUCACAUGUGGAGCUCCUCUGGAGCCAAACUGGCUAAAGUUUUCACCAGAUUAUCUUGGAGACUAAAGAGCACAGGAGGAAGACCUUCAGCUCCCCUGGGUUCUCGGAUACUGACCAAUCCUGAUGACAUCUUUAAGCACAACAUGUGGGAUCAUGUACAAUGGACUGAAGAGGAUGAGGAAAAUGCACGGCAGAAGACAGAAGAAAACUCCUGUGUACAAAUUCCUUUAACAGAACAAGGUAAAUUUACAACAGAAGCCUCUCGCUACUGGGACAAGUUUUAUGGGACGCACCAGGAUAAGUUCUUCAAAGAUCGCAAGUGGCUGUUUUUAGAAUUCCCAGAGCUACUACCUCCAGGUGCAAAAGGCGAGACGACAAACACCUGUUUUGAUGAUCAUCAGGCGCCUUUCCCACAUACCUCUGGAUCCAGCUCAGAUGCAGAGAGCAGGCAGCAGCAGUACAAAACAAACCACAACACAACAGAAGCCUCAGAUCAUCAGGGAUCUUGUCAGGGGACAGCUGUAGAAAACAAUGAGACUGCGUUCCCUGGCCAGCAUGCAUCUUUCAGGAUUUUAGAAGUUGGAUGUGGGGUUGGUAACAGUGUAUUUCCCAUUGUUAAUUCCAUAAAAGGUGCCGAUGCAUUCUUAUACUGUUGCGAUUUCUCCUCAUGUGCCAUUCAGCUGGUCAAGGACCAUCCAGACUAUGAUGAGUCCACCUGCCACGCCUUUGUCCAUGAUGUUUGUGAGGAGACAGCCUCCUUUCCCUUUCCUCCUCACAGCUUGGAUGUUAUUAUGACUGUCUUUGUCCUCUCCUCCAUUCAUCCUCAGCGAAUUCAGGGCGUAGUCAAUCGUCUUUCCUUGUACCUCAAACAUGGGGGGCUGUUCCUCUUCCGUGACUAUGGGAGGUAUGACUUCUCACAGCUCAGGUUUAAGAAGGGACGGUGCUUAUCAGAGAAUUUCUACACGCGUGGAGAUGGAACCUGUGUGUACUUUUUUACUAAAGAUGAGGUUCAUGAUUUAUUUUCCAAAGCUGGACUGGAGGAAAUUCAGAAUCUGGAGGACAGACGCCUGCAAGUAAACAGAGGAAAGAGAGUGGCGAUGCAUCGUGUUUGGAUGCAGAGCAAGUACAGGAAAUGGCGCCCUAAUCCCCCUUAUCAUCUUAACAGCUGACCAUGUACAGUCUAUUUUUAAGCCAUGGGACAUUUUAUGCUUGCUUUUUAUUUAUUUGUGCAUUUAAUUUAUAAAAAAUGUUUAUGUACAAUACAACAAACAUGUUACGUACAACUGACACUAUGCAAUAAACAUACAACACAUGUA